AGUAUAUGUAGGGGUGGGGAGGGGUCUAAUGGCGUGAAGAAGAGAAAGCCAAUGACGUUUGGGAAAGCGAAAUAAAAAAGAGAUCCAACUUCCAAGAUCAUGUUGAAGAAGAGCCACCGUUACACUUCCUCCCUCUAAUUAUACUGUUUUUGGUUUGCUGUUUCACUUCUUCUCCUCAUUCAUUCUCGAUACAAAUAUAUAUAUAUAUGUUAAUCGAAAAAUUGGGGGCUCUUUUGUUGUUUUGAUUUGGAUCUGAGCUGGGUUAUUGAAAAACCCGAUCUGGGUUUGUCUAUUCGCAACGUGUAAUGGAGGAAACCAGAUUGUGCUCAUGGACCGUCUUUCGAUCCAUUUUCGCCAUAUUUCAGUGGUGGAGUUUCAAUGUUGCUGUCAUCAUCAUGAACAAAUGGAUCUUUCAGAAACUUGAUUUCAAGUUCCCUUUGACGGUAUCAUGUGUACACUUCAUAUGCUCAUCUAUUGGGGCGUAUGUUAUGAUCAAAGUGCUGAAGGUUAAACCACUAAUCUCAGUUGAACCUGAAGAUCGCUGGAGAAGAAUCUUCCCAAUGUCGUUUGUGUUUUGUAUCAAUAUAGUUUUGGGGAAUGUCAGCUUACGUUACAUCCCAGUUUCAUUUAUGCAAACAAUCAAAUCAUUUACCCCUGCAACAACAGUGAUUUUGCAGUGGAUGGUUUGGAGAAAGUACUUUGACUGGAGAAUUUGGGCUUCCCUUGUUCCAAUUGUUGGAGGGAUUCUUCUUACUUCUGUUACUGAACUUAGCUUCAAUGCCUUUGGUUUUUGUGCUGCUUUAUUUGGGUGUCUUGCCACUUCUACAAAAACCAUUCUUGCAGAAUCUUUGCUUCAUGGCUAUAAGUUUGACAGCAUAAACACGGUGUACUACAUGGCACCAUUUGCAACGAUGAUUUUAGCAGUACCUGCAUUGCUUCUAGAAGGAGCAGGAGUUAUUGCAUGGAUCCAAACAAGCCCUAAUCUUCUUUCAUCAUUCAUCAUAAUUAUAGGGUCAGGAGUCAUGGCUUUUUGCCUUAACUUCUCUAUAUUUUAUGUCAUCCAUUCAACUACAGCUGUCACUUUCAAUGUCGCCGGAAAUCUUAAGGUGGCAUUUGCAGUUGCAUUUUCAUGGAUGAUAUUUAAAAACCCGAUUUCGCCCAUGAACGCGUUUGGAUGUGGGGUAACGCUUGUGGGGUGCACGUUUUACGGGUAUGUGAGACACAGGCUGGCGAAUCAACUACCGGGAACACCGCGUACGCCGCGGACCCCGCGUUCUCGUUUGGAAAUGGCGCCACUUGUAAACGAUAAAAUAGAUGAUAAAGUUUAGUUUUUGUUUCAUUGGUAUUUUACUUAUUACUACUAUUUAGGUAAAAAAAAAUAUUAUUAUUAUUAUUAUUUACUGGAGUCGUUAUAUUAUUCAGAUGUUAGUACGGGAACUAGUGAUGAUUGAUGAUGACACAAGGGCAGGUUUAUGUGUUUUGCCUUUGAAACACUUUAUAUGAUUAGUAUGUGUUCAGGAGGAUAUGAUAUAAUUUUGUUCAGUAUUAUGUGUUUUAUUACUUUUUAGUGA